AAAACAUAUCCACCACUUAGCUUAGAGAGAGAGGUUAGGGCUUGCAAAUGGAAUUGGUUUCGGGGAAAAAGGAAAACGACGCCAGCAAUAACACUCAGACCUCCUCCGACGAAGAUAGAGAACGCCUUAUCCUCGAUCUCAAGGCCGGUCUCCACCCCCUCAGAAAUAAAUAUGUAUUUUGGUACACUCGUCGAACUCCUGGAGUCAAAACUCAGACAUCAUAUGAGGAUAAUAUAAAGAAGAUUGUGGAUUUCAGUACGGUUGAAGCCUUUUGGGUUUGCUAUUGUCACCUAGCCCGUCCUUCAACUUUACCAAGCCCAACUGACUUGCAUCUAUUCAAGGACGGUAUUCGUCCGUUAUGGGAGGAUUCUGCUAACUGCAAUGGAGGGAAAUGGAUUAUUCGACUUAAGAAGGCUGUGUCAGGCCGUUUCUGGGAGGACCUGGUUCUAGCGUUGGUAGGAGAUCAACUUGAUUAUGGUGAUAAUAUAUGUGGUGCAGUACUGAGUAUCCGUUUCAAUGAGGAUAUAUUGAGUGUUUGGAACCGCAAUGCAUCUGAUCAUCAGGCUGUGAUGGCACUAAGGGACUCGAUCAAGCGCCAUCUGAAGCUUCCCCACAGCUAUGUGAUGGAAUACAAGCCCCAUGAUGCUUCACUGCGUGACAACUCCUCAUAUCGAAACACAUGGUUGAGAGGAUAGGAGGUGCCACUGCUGAUACUGGAAGAAUGCUUUUGCUUGACAUUCUGUUUCUGCUUCACUAAGACAGACCAAUAGGGUUGCAAUGUGUUGGUGUUCACUAACCACAUGUUUCGGUUUUCCUGUACAAACUCAAAUAUUCUGUUUUAAACAUAUGGUUCCCAUCUACUUAGAUCCAUUGUCUGAUUAA